GAGUCUACUGUUUGAUAGUAGCAGAUGCUGCGGUGCACCGCCAUUGCCCUUAAAAAGGGCUGGACGCACAACCCGGGCCGCACACGGCGCGGUGGCAAGAACCUAGCCUGGCGCCCUAAGAUGUCCGAAAGGACGCUGAAUCAGUUUGUGCCGCUGGCCCUUGUCCAUCCUCGACGACACCCAAACAGCUGGCAGGAGCGCCAGUUUAACGCUCUCGGGUACACGAAGUGGCCCAAGGCGAUCGGCUUUUACAACGGGGGCGACAACUUCGAGCUGACUCCGGAGGCGGCGUGGCGGCUGUACGGGCACGCCCGCGACGAAGCGUACUGGAGCAAGCUGCACUCCGAGACGACGAUUGUGCUGCUGCUGCCGCUGGUGGAGAAGGCACCGAAGGAGAACAUGGAGCGCGUAAUGGAUGUGUAUCGGCACUACCUGAAGCGCUUCGGGGCAGACCACUACAUCUACAAUGCUGUCAUGCAAGCCGCUGCGUUCGCGAAGGACUUCGAGCAGGCUGAGCGCCUCUUUAAGGAGAUGGAGCUGCUGGGCCUGGAGCCGAACUGCCAGAGCUACGUCAACAUGAUGCUCGCAUCAAAGCUGGCCGGGCUGCCGCUGGAAAAGGCGGAAGCAUACUUCCAGCGCGCGGUGAAGGCAGGGGCGAUGCGGUCGGUCAUGCGCGUUGACACUGAGUUCAAAAUGUGGAUGGACCAGCUGGGCCGCCUCGGCUCCUUCACGGCCGCGACGGGCUACCUCUCCGUAAACGAGGAGGGCGCCAAGCCGAUGCCGCGCGACAUGUGGGCCCUCUGGGGCUGGCACCGCAGCGAGAGCAAAUUCGUUAGCCGCGACGAUCUCAUCAUGGAGCAGGUACGCGCCCGUGUGCACGGCGGGAGGGAGUUGGUGGGAACGGUGUACACCAAGACGCGUCGUCAGCCGUGGGCAAAGUUCAAUGGAAUGCUGCCCCACGAUUACAACGGCCCGGUCUACCGCAGGCCGACGGAGUUCAACGAUGCUCCCGCUUACACCGCUGAAAAGACGGAGAAGGCGUUUUAG